AUGCGCGCGUGCACGAGUAAUCUCGCGUUCGUUUGUGCGGCGAGGAGAGCGUCAACUUCGUACGCGUCUACUACCACGUCCGCGUCGACAUCCUCAAGGACGUCUCCUUCCUGUCGAGGGAGAAGCAAGACGUCGGUCCGAACAGUCGCAUUCUCUUCUUCUUCUUCGUCGUCAUCGUCGUCAACAACUUCUUCUUCUUCUUCUUCUUCUUCUUCUUCUCCUGCUGCUCCUCCUCCUCUUGUGAACAACAAGACCAAUCAGAACAUCAACAAUAAUAACAACAACAACAACAGCAACAUUAGGAGAUCAUCAAAAGUUGUCGCAAACGCUCGAAAAGGCAUGCUCUUCAACAGCGAGAUGGACGACAUUCGGAGAGAUGCGAAACCAGCAGAACCGGUGAAGUUUACUUUACCGCUUUCCAUCAAACUCUACCCUUCAAAGUGUUUACGAGCCGAGAAUGAGCCGGUGACGGUAUUUGACGACAAUUUAAAAGAGCUCUCGAAAGAAAUGUUCAAAAUCAUGUACGAAACCGUCGGGUGUGGGUUAGCCGCACCACAAGUGGGCGUGAAUUAUCGUCUCAUGGUGUACAACGAAGCCGGAGCGCCGGGCGAAGGAAAAGAAGUCGUUUUGGUGAACCCAAAGAUUAGCAAAUUCAGCAAACAGAAAGAUUUCUUCGAGGAAGGAUGCUUAUCCUUUCCAAAGAUUUACGCGGAAGUUGAGAGACCGAUGGGCGUCAAGAUUGAAGCGCAGGAUGUCGAAGGAAACAAGUUUAAAAUGACUCUAGAAGGUUUCGAAGCUCGAGUCUUUCAGCACGAGUACGACCAUUUAGACGGCGUUUUAUUUCACGAUCGAAUGUCGAGCUCAGUAGUCGGGGACAUUCGAAGCGAUUUGGAUAAGUUGAUUGAAGAUUUUAGCGACGAUGAAAAAGCGAUUUAA